AGGAUGUUUAGACACAAUUAACCGAGAUAUACCGCUGUGUUGAUCCUAAAUACCACUGAAAUGUGAAGUUAACACUGAACAUGUUAUCAAGCAGCCGUCUUAUCUCCAGUGCUAACCGUGCCAGAUCAGACAUUGACCAGGUAAUAGAGUCCCUCAGUUCUGAGCAAUCUAAUUCUAACAGCAGUGACGCUAAGGGGCUCAGUGAGGAUACAUCUGAUGUUGUGCCGGAGGAUGGGUUGAGUUCCUCUAAGAACUGUUCUGUGGAGCGGUAUCAUGAUUUGGAUGGAUGCCAACAAAAGUCAGCCUUUCAUCUGUAUUCGUGUGGGGAGCUAUCCGAGACUUACACUCAACAGCUGCAGUUUGACGAUAAAAGUAAUGAUGCUGAUGACGACACACCAAUAAGCUCAAUAUGGGAGACCAGAUGGUUUGAUCACGCAGCUCUAGUGGGCCGCUUUAUGGCUGAGGACAAGAUACAUUCCGACCAGGACGCAGCCGGCUCUGAUACCCUGCAAUACAUACCUGUACCUUCUCAAGAGAUAACAAUAACCUCCUUACUUGAGCCUCGUCCCGAAAGUACGGAAGUUAAAAAGUCCCUGUCAAAACAGAAGUCGAGGGUAAAAAGUAAAGUAACCGUCACCAGUAGCAGUGCGCCACCCCACUUCAAGUGUAGAGUACAAGAUUGUAAAGCUUCAUUCAGUACACAAUGGCAGAGAUGGUACCACCAGAAAUCAGCUCACAGACAGAUUCAGUUACAGUGCCCGGAAUGUCACAAGGUAUUCGUGAAACUGCAACAGCUAGAGGUGCACCUCAGGUCCCAUCUGAAGCUAAAGAUAUUCAAGUGUCCAGAAGUAGAGUGUGACAAGUCGUUUUGUACACAGCAGCAGUGCAACAACCACGCUCUUAUACAUUCUGGAGAGAAGAACUUUGAGUGCACGAAGUGUAGGAAGACGUUUCGAGAGAAGAGUACCCUGAAAAGACAUUCUCGCACACAUUCACAAAUCAAACUCUACCGUUGCGAGGUCUGCCACAAGUCAUUCUCCUACGCCAGUUCUCUGAGUGUACACCGCAAACAUUUCCACGCCAGGUUAAUAGCCGGUGUGGAAACUACUUCUGAAACCGGAAAAUCUACUCAAACUGAGGUUUUAAGCGAGACUGAAGUUUUAACACGAUCAGUUUCGGAGAAGGCGGAUAAUGAAAUGGUUAGUUCCAGUGUUGUAAAUAAUGAGAGUCAGCGAGAUAAACAACAAAAGUCAAAAUCCAAGGUCGGUGGGCAAACUGUUGCUACCCAAACUGAUUCUUCCAUUCGAACAGUGUGUACGGAUUCUGACGGAAUAGACAAGGAAAAUGAACACGAUAAUGAACCAGAAAGUGCUAAAUCAUGUUCCUAAUUAUAAUUAGAUUUAUCAUUGAAGGUUUUUGCUUUUUGUGUACGUUUUAAGAUCAAUAGUAUCUACUUACUUUAGGAUACAUUAUUCAUAGCAAAUGGUGUGACCAAUACAAAUGUUUUAUGGUCACAAGUUGGACUCUUCGUUCUAUUCCAGUAUUUCCUCGUUGACAUAUUCGGAACGAAAUCGAUUUUGUCAAUAUCUUCAAACUUUAAAAGAGAGAAAGACGAGGUUUGAAGAAUAAUACAUCUUGUAUUUAAAUUAGAAAAUGUUUCUUGUUGUUCCCAAUUAUAUUCUGGAGAUCAAA